AUGCCUUCCUCAAGCCCAACGGCCCCAACGGCACCAUACUUCCUAAAAGAGGGGGAUAUCAUGAAGGCAAAGCCAAAACAUUUCAUCCCAAGACCAGAGAGCGUGGGGAGCGUCGGUCAACACCCGGUGAUCGUGCUCACGAGGCCCGACUCUCAGGGAUUCGUUUUGGUCGCACCCAUGUCCCAUAAUCACCCGGAGGGAACUCCAACUAGAAGCGCGUCGAGAUACGGUCUCCCCGUGGAUCCAAUAAAAGGCGAAAGCCGAGUGAACGUUGGCCAGCCCAAAGUCGUUCACCAAGAUAAUCUUAGAGCAAAUAAACCCUACACUACUAUGGCCUAUAAUCAUUUCGCAGCUUUAAAAGCCGAAAUUUCAUAUGGGCUACUAAAGCCUGAACCUGUCUACUCUCUCGAUCGAUCGCAUAUGAAGGCACUGGUUGCCUUUCGGAACAAGCAAGUCUUGGAUAUUAUCCCCCUCACGAUUUGGAACGGAUACUCUACAAAUCUUAUAAUUCUACAGAGCACCACCGCGGACGCGACCUGGCAAAAGUCCAGUACUAAUUCUUCGGAAUCUCGAGAUUCCAU